AUGUCUCCAAUAAGUGUGCCUAGUCGAAAGGAUUCAUCAGCAUCAUCAUGUGCAAUUAUCUUGAUUGGUGGUGGACAAUCAAGUGGGAAAUCCACAGCCUCUAGAAUAAUAGCCAGAGAACUAGAGGAGUCUCUCAUAUUGAAAGAUCUAAUCGAAAUCAAAUUAAUAGAUAUGGACGAUUACCUAUUCCUGAAAUUGAAUGCGGUGCAGAGCAACGUUGUCGGUGGUGAUGAUAAAGUAAUCAAUGAUGGUAUGAAUGAUUUAAGAUUAUCUGCUACAGAUUUGCAAGAUUUGGAUAAUGAAAUGAUUGAGUCUACUGGUAAAAGUAAUGAAAUGACGGAGAUGAUCAAAAAUAAAAAUGUUCUGAUUUUGUUACCAAAUAGAUUCAAUUUCAAAAAGCUUAGGGAGGAUAUUAUUAACUAUUCCAAACACUCGGCGAGCAAGAAAUUCCCAAUAUUUAUCGUCCAUGGGUUAUAUGCCUUAUAUGAUAAGCAAUUGAACAAGUUGGCACUUAUGAAAAUUUUCAUCGAUAUUGAUGCUGACACGAGAUUGGUUAGAUGGAUUCAGAAUGAUACCGUCAAAAAUAAACUUCCUUUGGAGGAUGUGAUAGAUCAAUACUUGAAAUUUUCUAGACCAGAAUUUGCUGAGUUUAUCUUUCCUACUAAAGAAAACUCCGAUACGAUAUUGACUAGAGGGGCAGAAAUCGAUGAUACUGGUAUCAUCUUGAUCUGUGAUGGAUUGGUUCCAUUUAUUGUCCAGAAAAUCAAGAAACUCAAUGCGAAAACUACUGCAAACGAGCUUAAGGAUAUCGAUGAUUUUAAGAAAGAUGCUUCAGCUAAUACUCACGCAGGAUCUAAUAGUGAAGGUGAGCAAAUUACCACUGUUACGACUAAUACCAGCAGCGAUGAAAACGAUGAGCCAAAGGAAAAGUUGGAUGUUAGUGGGUUACACACUUUAAACAUUAAGGGAGAAGAAUUUACAGAUCAAAGAGGCAGAUUUUAUGAUUUAACUUAA